AGGUCGUUGCUAUGGCUUGUGUGAAGUCCUGGAAGAGAGAGGAGUGACUGAUGUACGUAUAGACUGCGUAGCCUUGGGGAUUGUUGACAAGAUGUGCAUAGGCAGCGAUCAACCAAGGCCCCAAAAAGUCGCGGGAGCUAAUCGAGCGUCAUCGCCCCACCUCGGCCUGGGCAGGUACCGGAUGCAUUGCGCAUGUCUCCAUUCCCAGCGUCUUCACAUGUUUGCAGGUUUUUUGCGCAAUAGCGAUGCGCGUCUUUGUCUCGCCAUAGAGUCUCGCUAGAGAUACGGCCAGCAAGAGCGCAACAGCUUCUCUCCUUACCUUGUUCCAAUCUGCUUCACCUCACCAUGCCUUGAGCGCCUGUCCUCUAUAGCUGCGGCAUCUAACACAUACACCGACUAUCCUCCAACGACGCAGACGCAUUCGCAGACGCCCGUGGAUACCCUAAUCUUACUGUAACCAGUGUGCUGGUGUCGACCACAUCGACAUGUCUUUCCCGACAAAACCUAUCGCACGAUUGACUGGCCACGCCGGCAUUGUCCAUGCCGUCGCCUACUCUUCCGGCUCUCAAACCUACAUUCUCACCGGCGCCUCCGACCGUACCAUCCGUCUUUACAACCCAUCGAAAGCGCCGCCUACCUCAACCGCUCCUACCACGUCCUCACAAUCGCCCCCGGGUCUCGUGAACAAAUAUACCGCGCACGGCUAUGAAGUCCUCAGCAUUGACGUCAACUCGGCCAACGACAAGUUUGUGAGCACAGGCGGCGACAAAACAGUUUUCCUCUGGGACGUGCAGACGGCGCAGACGGUGCGCCGUUGGACUGGCCAUGCUGGGCGUGUGAACCGCGGCGUUUUCGGAGGCGAGGGCGACAGCAUCAUAGCGACCGGGUCAUACGAUGGGACGGUCAGAAUCUGGGAUACCAAGUCCAACGCGUACAAGCCCAUCAUGACACUUUCAGACGCCAAAGACAGUAUUUCUGAUGUUACGAUACACGACGCGGAUAUUCUGGCUGCGAGCGUCGACGGUCGCGUCAGGAAUUAUGAUCUCAGAAUGGGCAUGUGUCAGGUUGAUGUUAUAGGACCGAGUUGCACGAGUUUGGCUGUCAGUAAAAAGGGUACUGAGGUUCUGGUCGGAUCCCUGGAUUCUACUGUGAGGCUCAUGGACCGGACGAAUGGGGAAGUACUCAAAACCUACAAGGACGACGCCUUCGUGAACAAGCAUUUGAGAGUCAGGAGCACGCUAGGCCUGAAUGAUAGCGUAGUACUUAGUGGAAGUGACGACGGCAUGGUGUUUGCGUGGGAUAUGUUGGAGGGAACGUGUUUGUAUAAGUUUAAGCAUUCCGAGAUGAGGGAAGUAAGAGGUGCAGCGCCUGUCAUACCAACAAAAGCAAACAAGGACGUCGUGUCUGCUGUGGCCUUCUGUAAAACAAGGAGGGAGUGGUGUAGUGGUGGUGGCGAUGGCAAUGUCAUUGUUUGGGGCAUGGGAAGCUGAAGAGCAGAAAUAAGGUGUUCGGCCGUUUGUGAUACCCAUAAAGAUUGAUUUUUCAAAUCAUGCGUCGGCUUAUGAAUGUAUCAGAAUACGGUCAAGUCGAUAACAGCUGGGGCAUUCACUGUGCUCAUCAGAAAUGUGUGCUUAGAAUCGGACUAAUGAUGUUGUAUUCAGAAAACGUUUGAUAGCUAGC